ACGCUUGCGAUAUUUUACAUCACGUAACGACAUCACAAAAAUUCUGCCUUUUAAAGAUAAUUUUGCAUUGAAUGUCUGUAAUUCUUCGAUAAUCGUUAAAUAUAUAUUUUCGAAUUGUGUAAUAAGUUUGGUUAAAUAUACGGUAACAUUUGUUAUUUCGCUCAGUGAAUAUCUUUUUUCACGAUCCAUGAUUUUCUGGAGCUCUGUAAUUUGAAUUGACGCUUUUGGUUAUUCGGUUUGAUCAUAACCUUAAAAAGCCGUGUACCAAUCUUAAUUCAAAUUUCUCAGGCUAGUUAAUUUAAUUAAACUCAUGCCUAAUUGAUCUAAAAUAAAGCAGCAAAAACCUGAUAUAUCCGUGAUCAAAUUUUUCAGUAAGGCCAAAAAUGGACAAUGAGAAGCAGAAAGAUGAAAUUGUUGCGCUGGAAAGUAUAUACAAUAAGGAAGAAUUUUCGUAUCGUGAGGUAGAGGAGAGAUAUGAGUGUACAUUGAAAAUAUUUAUACGGUUACCAGAUGGUUACCACUUAGAUUACAAAGAUAUAAAAGUGCAAGAACAACAAAUAACAGAAGUUCCCAUAUCACAUUUACCACCUCUGGAACUUCACAUCUCUAUGCCAGAGGAUUAUCCGUCCAAAUCACCGCCAAAAUUCACUCUCUGUUGUUCAUGGUUGCAACACUCAAUGCUGUCUAAAUUGUGCAGAAAGCUGGAUGAAUUGUGGAAAGAGAAUGCAGAGCAAGAGAUAAUAUUUACAUGGAUAGCUUUUUUGCAAGAUGAAACGCUGAAUUAUCUUAAUAUACAAGAUUACUUGGACGUUAGCCGAUCGUACUCUACGUACUUAGAGAACAUGGAAAAAAAGAGAGAAGUUGCAGAAAACAAAGGAGAAAGUAAAAUUGGAUCCGAAGGAAAUGUUGGAUCAGGACAAAUUCAAAAACCCCAAACUACAAGAAAAACGAUCCAAAAAAGACGUUGGCGCAAACAAAAUAACAGAAGACCGAUUGAUUCAAGAGCGUUUGUCAACAGGUCUAUAAAUACAAAUCCUGUACAAUUGCUGGUCGAUUAUAAUGAAAAACGAACUCGCAUUGAAUUCAAAAAAAACUUUUACAAAUGCAAUAUUUGCUUUAAUGAGAAAUCCGGUGAACAAAGCACUGAAUUUACACCGUGCAAACAUGUCUUCUGCAAGGAAUGCAUUCAUGGCUAUUUGACAUCAAAAAUUACGGAUGGGAAUGUUAAAAAUAUUUGUUGUCCUGAAGACAAGUGCACUUCUGAAGCUACCCCUGGUCAGGUAAAGGAUCUUGUAAGUGCGGACAUGUUUGCCAGAUACGAUUCGAUACUUCUGAGCGUCACGUUAGAAACGUUGAACGAUAUUAUUUAUUGUCCGCGACGACAUUGUCAAUAUCCCGUCAGUCGAGAACCUGAUGAAAAAUUAGCGAAUUGUCCUGCAUGUCGAUACGCUUUUUGUGUUGACUGUAAAAUGGUCUACCAUGGAAUUGAACCGUGCAAAAUGAAUUCAGAUGAGAAACAGAAAAUCCUUGCUGAAUAUCAAGAAGCAUCGCCUGAAAGAAAAAUUGAAAUGGAACGAUUGUACGGGAAGAAACAACUGCAAUCGUUGGUUGAUAACGCAAUGACCCAAAAUUGGAUCACAAACAACAGUCGUCAUUGUCCUCAUUGCAACGCAACGAUCGAGAAAUCUGGAGGAUGCAAUAAAAUGACCUGUGGCCGUUGCAAAACGUACUUUUGUUGGACUUGUGGAGUUCGGCUCAAUCCUGAAACGCCUUACACGCAUUACAAAGAUCCCAAUUCCAGAUGCUUCAACAUGUUAUUCGUCGGAUUAGUGGACGACGAGGAAGACGAAGACGAUGUCGAAAUCAUAUUUCUACCGUUUUCGGACUCCGAGUCAGAAUCCGACGACGAAGAUUACGAUGAUGAUUUAUGAGAUCUUUCUUAACUUAUCACCCCCCCCCAAAUCUUCGAUUUCAGGUGAAGCGAAUUACAAAAGAUCUCACGUUUCAAAAGAACUUCGACCGAUGGAAAAAUCUAAAUAUAUUUCACUGAGAAGAAUCGCAAAUCAUGAAAAGCUACUAAAACUAUUUGUCUAUAAAAACGUUUAUGCAUAAAGAAUUAUUAUUUUUUUUUUAUUCAUUUGAUUAUAUUAGUGAAACACUGUUAAAGUUGAUCGUUUGUAUCACGAAGCCAUUCGUUUAUGUAUUGUUUGUAAAUUAUUGUAACUAUUCUUAAAUCUAAUGAAAUUCGAACUGAAAAAAAUGAUUGCUGAUAUUUGUAGCCAAGUAAAUUAUUAAUGUCAGCUUUUUCUGGUAGUCCAAAAAAUACUCACUGAUUUUCAAUUUUUAUAUUUCAAGUCUUUCAAAAAUACCCAUUUAUUACAUCAAAAUUUAUAAAAGCAUUUACUUUUAUCAUCUUCAACAUUAGAACGAAGUUUUAUUAUGUAUUAUAUUACAAUCCAUAAAUGUUAUUUGAGUUAAAGUUUUCUAUAAUACUGUUGUCCAAUCUGACAAAACAAAAAUAUCGAGCCCAAAGAUGAACGCAUCAAUGUGGCAAAAAAAUUACGAAUCAAUUUUUUUUUUACUUGAGCGCACCCGUACAAUGUUGAGAUCCCCACUUAAUCUCCCUAUCACCUCUUAUACAUAAUUUGCGAGUUUCUGUAAAAAACGUUUCAUUUUUCGACAAGCGGAAAUACUGAAAACAGAAUAUUUGGAACGAAA